AAACUCCCGCCGAACGUAUAUACGUUCGAGUGGAUCCCACAGUCUGAUCUCUUACACCAUUUCAAGAUAAAGGCAUUUAUAACACAUGGAGGAUACAACAGCUUGCAGGGAAAUGCCAAGCUCUAUCGCUGCGCUUUAACAGAAUCAAAUUUAGGAGACAAUAUCAGCAGGAUGGUUAUGCCGCUAGGAGGUGAUCAACCAAGGAAUGCAAGAUUAGCUGAAAGGCAUCACUUUGCUGUGAGGAUCCACAAAAACGAUGUUUGCGCAGAUAAAGUGGCAGAAGCACUCGGCAAAGUGCUUGAUGACCAAAGGUUUGUUUACUUCUGGCCGCUCUUACGCAUGAAGUAAAC